AUGCAAUUCAUAUGCGGGCUGCUUAGUUACGGUCUGUAAGCUUUGGAGUCGGCGUGGGGAGUGGGGGAUUCAGGCCUACCACAGUGUUUGGCUUUGUUGCAAAAGGAGGUGGAAAUCUUACUUUUCUCUGGUGACCAGUGUGUAGGACUUAUGUCAGUUCAGGAAAUUAAUAAACAUGCAGUUCUCCCCCCUAUCCUUAGUAGAAGCGACAAGGAAUUUUUGGAAAGUAUGCAAAGAUACAUAAUUACCGAAGUUGAAAAGGUGGGCUGUAAUGAGGAAGGACCUGCUGAUGAAUACUACAUCAUUUACCGAAAUGUGUUUGAUAAGGUUAUAGAGUAUGUCACUGCCUACAAAUCCAUUCUUACUUCAAUCAAAAAAGAGUAUGAUACCUUUAUUGAGACAAUAAAGAAAGACCAAAGAACUUCAUUUUGUCUUCAUGGAAAACUUAAAGUUUUGACAGCAAAGCCUACAGCUUUAGUGUAUCACCAGAAAAGAAAGAACCAACUUGAAGAAAAAAUGAAGGUGAUUGAAAAGAAUUCCUUGAUGAUUCAAUUGCAAAUAGAUGAAAUCAAAGCGCUUAGGGCCGAGUAUGAGAAGAAAAAAGUAAAGUAUUGUUCUUUCUCCAAAGAUCCUUCAAAAAUGAUUCCAGGCAUGGAUAUCCAAGACUCUUUCAAUCUAGAAGCUCUUGGUAAAUAUAUGAAACAGCUUAAAGAUAAAUAUGAAGACAUCAAACAAACUAUGCUGAUAAAAUAUAUACCAGCUCAGAAAAAGGCUGAUUUAGAUGAGGAAAUGAUUAUGUUAUUAAAACGACGAGAUGAGGCAGAAAAUCUGAACAAAAAAUUACAGUUUCGUUAUCAAAGACUACAGAUUAUUUCACAUGCACUGACUGUAUGGUUGGCGUCUGAUAGGAGUAUCUCAUUUCAAGAGAUCGUGGAACAAGUUCAGGAAACCAUCGAAAUACAGGUUGAAGAAAUUGUAGCUGAUGAACUUUUUGAAGACAGUCUAAGCAAGGCAAAAGAAGCUGAAAUUAUGCUUUACUACAUUGAAAGGUUCAAUGAAUUAAUCUCACUAGGUGAAUAUGAAAUGGCAGCUUCUUUUGCGGCAAGCAGUCCUCGGAGAAUCCUCCAGAACAUUGGUUCAAUGAAUAAAUUUAAGGAGGUUGGAAAAAUUAGAGGAAGGACUCUUCCAUUACUCUCAUUUUUUGAGGCAAUAUUCAGCACAAGUCAUGCUUUCAAACGUCCUAUUAAUAAGGAGCUAACCCUGGAAGGAAUCAAAUGCGGAUUAUCUGAAAAACGGCUUGAUUUAGUCAUCAAUUGGGUCACCCAGGAAAAGCUGACAUUUUCUGAGGAAGCUGGAGAUGCAAUUUGUGCCUAUGGGGGGCAGGAUGCUUAUAAUAACUCCAAGUGUCUGGCUUUAGCUCAGAUUAUCUACAGUGAGUGUGGUCUUCACAAGAAAGCUCUUCUUUGUCUGUGUAAACAGGGUCAGAUUCAUCAGGCCUUGGAAUACAUACAACACACUAAAGACUUUACUUCUGAUGACCUGAUGCAGCUAAUCAUAUCAUGUCCCCAAUCCAAAUUAAUCCAAUGUCUCAUUCAAGAAAGGGAUGGGAAACCACCAUUUUUAUCUUGUGGACUUGUGAUACUUCAUCUGUUCUCUAUGGAUAUGACAAAAUCUGGCAUUAAGCUACUCCAAGAAAUGAACAAAGGUGGGAAAGAUACAGUAGAAAACCUUGUGCUAAAUGAUGCAUUUUGCUCUAUAGAACAGUGGCAAGAAGUGGCAGAUUUAUGUUUACAGAAUGGCUUUGAAGAAUUAUCUAAUGACAUCAUGUGCAUUCUUCGAUCUCAGGCUGGAGUUUCAGACGUUUCUGAAGAGGGUACAGUCAACCUAAUGGAACAUGUCUUUUGGUAGUUCUACAUUUUAACCAGUUGAGGGAGCUUGUAUGACAUUUUACAAAUGUUGAUUGGGGAAACUGGUUUUGGUAUAAUAAACAUAA